UUCCAAGCCGAAUCGAUUCUUCUGCCCCGUCCAUCAGUCUCGGGUCAUAUUCGCGUUAACGUCGCUCUAGAAUUUGUUCUCUUAAAGUUGUCAUCUUUAAGUUGUAAGGACGUUAACGGUGCCAACAUCUCUCUCGCCAUGGCCCUGAGACAGACUCCCUUGACCUGCAGCGGCCACACGAGGCCGGUCGUGGACCUGGCGUUCAGUACCAUCACCCCGUACGGCUACUUCAUGAUCAGCGCCUGCAAAGACGGGAAACCAAUGCUGAGGCAGGGAGACACGGGAGACUGGGUCGGCACCUUCCUGGGCCACAAAGGAGCGGUGUGGGGUGCCACACUCAACCGCGAUGCCACCAAAGCCGCCACCGCUGCCGCGGAUUUCACCGCUAAAGUGUGGGACGCCAUAUCCGGUGACGAGGUUGUCAGCUUCACACACAAGCACAUCGUUAAAACUGUCGACUUCACCGAGGACAGUGUCCACUUGCUCACAGGAGGACAGGACAAGAUGCUGAGGAUCUAUGAUUUGGAGAAAACAGACGCAGAGCCCCAGUUGCUGAGCGGUCACACGUCGGGCAUCAGGCGCACCGCGUGGUGCACGGGGGAGAAGCUCAUCAUCUCUGUCGCCGACGACAAAACCAUCCGGCUGUGGGACCGAGCCACGGGCACGGAGGUAAAGUCUGUGACACUGCCCAUGUCGGCAAGCAGCAUGGAGUACCUCCCAAACGAUGAGAUUGUGGUGGUAACCUACUCACGCACCAUCGCCUUCUACAAUGCGCUCACCUUGGAACUGAUCAAGCAAUUCGAGGCUUCGGCGUCAAUAAAUUCAGCUUCGCUUCAUCCGGAAAAGGAGUGCUUCAUAGCCGGCGGAGAAGAUUUCAAGUUGUACAAGUUUGAUUACACCACUGGAGAGGAACUCGAGUCGUACAAGGGCCACUUUGGACCGGUGCACUGCGUGCGGUUUAGCCCCGACGGCGAACUGUACGCCAGCGGCUCGGAGGACGGGACGCUGCGACUGUGGCAAACGGCCGUGGGGAAGACGUACGGCCUGUGGAAGUGUUUGCUGCCCGGUGAGCAGACAGAGGAGCUCACUGCAGAUAACGGUGAGACGGUGAUUGGUGGCCCCGAUGGCACUCCAGAAAUGAAAGCCUGAGCGACACAAGCUGGUGUAAACCUGCAUCUCAGUACACAGCUGCUCACGACUGGAGCAACAGCAGCGGCGGAGGCGGCAGCAAAGAACAAGGGUGCAAGAAGAUAAAAAAAAAACAUCUUGCAAAAUCAGGGGCACUAAACACUCGCCUGUUUGCUAUCGGUUGUAAACGAGUGCGAUGAGAGACUGUGCAAUACUCGAGCAGUCUACAAAAAGGAAAAAAAAAAGAAACCGCAGGCGCUCGCUGUGCAAAAUAUUGGUCCGGAAGGCCGACCAGUGCGCAUUGGUAGAGCAACAUUUAAGAACGUUAAUUUGAAUUCAAUUUUUCUUAUGUAAGUGUUGGACAUCGAUUUGAAGUCCAGUGGUGUAAAGCAAGAAUAGGUCACAUUUGUUUCCUGUAUUGACACUUAUUGUCAAUAUGCAGUGACCUUUUAUAAAUGAGAGCAACAUGUUGCCCACGCACAGAUAUUUUGCUAAGUGCAACUGUCACUGGACAGGGAAAAUGGCACUUUUCUGUUCACAAUAUAAUCAUGGUGUACACAGUGCACAAGUCUGCCUUUGUAAGCCAUCUGGAAUUUAUGUACAACAACAUCAAUAAAUCACUUACGGCAUCUCUGAAA